AUGCUGAUUACGGGUGGAUGUGGAUACUUUGGAUACCGAUUGGCGUCUGUCCUCCAAGAAAAGGGGGCCAGGGUUACUCUUCUUGACACAACUCCUCCCCUGCAAGAACUGCCAAACAAUGUUACAUUUGUGCAAGGCAGGGAGCAGCUUAACAAGAAAAUAAUUGAAGCAGUGAACAUUCAAGGAACACAAAAUGUCCUAAAGGCUUGCUCAACGCAUGGGGUGUCCAGACUGCAACAUCACACAGUGGAGAACUUCACAUGUGGCAGUAAAGUGUACACUGCAGCUCCAGUGCGCCCGGUGAACUGUAACCGGGCUGUGCCCGCGGAUUUUUGUGCGCCUCGAGGAGACGCAGUGUACGGUGAAGAGGGCAGCUGUACCCAAACAGAAGUGGCCUUGCCGUGUUACAUCGGUGAGAAACAGCGGAGGUACUCUCUGGAAGUGCUGGGCCACAGGUAUAGCACUGGCUCCUCUUAUGACGGCGUCUCUCUCAACAAACCCGUGGUCGUGUCCAGCAACAGGUGCAACAGCGUCUGCCUUACGAGCAACCACGACUGCAAGUACAAUGCCACCAGCCCGCGUUCCAGUCUGGCGUCAUCCUUGUCUUCUCAAGAGCAAAGCAAGCACGCCAGUCCCAGGUCAAGCAUCAGCAGUCCCCGCACCAGUCUUGUGGUCCCGAGCCAGGAUAGGUACUCGAGUCCCAGGUCCAGUCUGGUUCACUGCGAGGGGAACUGCAUCAUUAGUCCUAGGUCCAGCUAUGCAAGCAGCGCCAGCGAUACGAGUAAACAGUCUAGCCCACGGGCCAGUGUAAACAGCUGUGACUGUUGCAGUAAGCCCAGCAGUAAUCGCACAAGUGGGAUAAGUAUGGGCUACGACCAGAGGCAUACAAGCCCCCGGUCCAGCACAGCUAGCCAGUAUUCCUUCACCACCAGCCCCAGAUCCAGCUACUCAGACUCUCGCUAUGGGCCCGUGCUCAGCCACGACUUGGACGGUGGCAUUCUACACGCGCCGCCACUGGCCAGCCCCAGGUCCAGCAUUUGUAGUCAGGAUGGGACACGGCCAGGACCCACUGUUAACUGUGUCGCUAGUCCCCGCUCCAGUAUAUCCAGUCACAGCUCCAGGAGCUCUCGCAGCUCCAGGGGGUCAAUGAGCACCUACCCGGACCUACAAAUGCCCUCGCCCCGUGCAUCAAUGCUGGGCACCAGUUUACAUGAGGACACUCUUCUACAGGAAUAUGGGGAAUCAAGUGGCGUUCAGAACCGGGGGUCUCAUCUACAGGGACUGUUACCUGUUGUAGAUGGGCAGCAGCUGUCCUGUGGCCCUGGUGACACGAAUUUACCGACACCAGUUGGUUACCCCUCGAAGUCCACCUGUCAAAGGGUGAAACUGCCUUAUCAGGUGACCCCCAGUAGGGAAAAUGGGCCCAGUCAGGCCGAGAAGCGACUAGAGGCGCUCACGCUGGAGCUGGAGAAGGAGUUGGAAAUGCACAUAAAAAAGGAAUAUUUUGGAAUCUGUGUUAAAUGUGGUAAAGGUGUUUAUGGAGCAAGUCAAGCUUGCCAGGCUAUGGGCAAUUUGUACCACACAAACUGCUUUACCUGCUGCUCUUGUGGAAGGCGCCUGCGAGGUAAAGCUUUUUACAAUGUCAAUGGGAAGGUCUACUGUGAGGAAGAUUUUCUCUACUCUGGGUUCCAACAGACAGCCGAUAAGUGCUUUGUAUGUGGUCACCUCAUCAUGGAAAUGAUCCUUCAAGCUUUGGGCAAGUCCUACCAUCCCGGCUGUUUUCGCUGUGUUGUGUGUAAAGAAGGCUUAGAUGGUGUCCCGUUCACUGUAGAUUUGGAGAACAACAUAUACUGUGUCAAAGACUACCACACGGUUUUUGCACCCAAGUGUGCCUCCUGCAAGCUGCCUAUUCUUCCAGCCAAGGGCUCAGAAGAGACUAUUCGGGUGGUGUCUAUGGACAGGGACUACCAUGUGGAGUGUUAUCACUGUGAGGACUGUGGAUUGCCUCUGAACGAUGAGGAGGGCCACCGCUGUUAUCCUCUGGACGGCCACCUCCUGUGCCACAGCUGUCACAUCCAGAAGCUGCAGUCCAAGGUUCCAGGCUCUCCACCCAGCUAUCCUCUCCAUGUCACAGAACUGUGA